CGACGUGCCAAUAUUAUACACCCGUUGCUCCUUGAUUCGUCCAGGCAGUGGCGAACGUUCCACUCCAGAAUGGUUCUCGCUCUCGUCACGAACAGCUAGCGAUUCGUCUCUGCCUGUCCGUCGGCGUUGAAUUGAUCGCUUCAGGCCUGAAAAGUCGCUUGGCCGAUGGCUGGUACUGUCUUCCUGACGUUCACUCUCGCUUGCCUGUCGCCGUGUCUGGCGCAGAUGCUCGAGGACAAGGACGAUCUCACGGGGAGAAAUGGAAGCAAGCUGCUGGCAAGUUGCUGCUCGCGGCGACCGAGGGCUCUUGUUUUCCCAGAUCCAUCUCAGCUCCUGCUGAUUUUUGGGCUGGGUACACCUCUGCAACUAGAACGAGAGAGUGUGAUCGUCGGUUUGUUUACGAAGAUCAUAUACGCCAUGCCUUCCAACGCGACAGAUUAUACUAUCCCGGGAGUCUAUUACUCCCGAACGCAGAAGAGCAGAUGGAGCAUUUACAAGACGCUGGAAAAGGUCGCCGAUAUAUACGGAUUCGGCGGGAAAGCCUGCCUAUUGAAGGCCAUUUGCGAAGCUGCGUCUGCUCCUUUUGACGGGCGUCACGGUUUACUGGGACAGCUGUUGCACGUCUUCUUCAAGCCUUCGAGCACCGAGGAACGUUACGACGAAUACGGGGAUCGGGAGUACCGCGCGGCCGAACGUUUGGGCGAGCAGAUGUCGACGGAAAACUGCCACGCCCUUUAUCCGGAAUGCCGCAGAAGUGUGCUCGACGUGUUUUCCACGGUGAUCACGUGAGCCCUCUACACUGCCACGGAAUGGUCCCUAUGAAGAAGUCACGGCGACGAGGAUGCGAAUGGAAAUUCCGCUCGUUAAUUUCGGGAUCGAAUCACGGGAUCGUCGAUCGUGCGAUUUUGUCUCUUUUUCUCCGGGCCGGUCACUGCGAAAUUUCUAACUCUUUGCGAACGAAGAAAAAGAAGAAGAAAGGAGAUUGACGAUUGGUUAACAUUGUGGUAAAACAGAUAGUGACUGGAAAAUUGCGAAUUUUCUGUCAACAAACGCGAGGUACAUUUGAUAAAACAAUUACUCUCGCGGAUGGUCACCGAAGUUUUCAUCAACGCAGUAAUAAAUUAGCCAUUUGAAAGAUAAGCUAAUCAGCUUUUGUGCGAUUAGUUUGUCUUUCAAUUUUUCUUGCAUUUAACAUUGAGAUUCUUUCUGCAUAAGAAUGUGUAACAGAAAGCUGGAAAGGAGAAUAUUCGAUUCACUUUGCUUGGCUUUACGUUCUUUUACGUAAUUUCCAGCAGUAUAAUAUAGACCUGAUCGUUUAAAUAACGCGUGCCUUUUUUCAUGUGUCUGUUAAUCUAAUUAGAACUAAUUACAGUCGACUGCUAUCUUUUCAAUUUUCAAUAGAGUUGUCGGGAAAAUUAAUUAUUCAA